CAAAAUCAUAUUUUUGCGCCUUCUUCCAUUUGUUAUGCAAGUCAUUCGCUACUCAAAAAAUAGUCACGUGCGCAUGUGAUUUUUAGUGUCCGACCAUAUCCACAACCUCUUCUUCUCAAGGCCGACCUAUCCAUUCCCACAGUUGGGAUGGCUUCGUCACUGCUUCGUUCCAUUCCUAUUUCGUAUUUUCAACCUAAACGCCUUCUGCUUCGUGCUUCGGCGUCAACUCCUCCCACCCAGAAAGCCCGUUUCGUUGCUCGCCGUAAGGAGUCUGUUUCGGUUCAACAACUCCAACGUCCCCUAAUUGAAUACAUGAAGUUGCCAGCUAGUCAAUAUUCAGUGUUGGAUGCGGAGAGGAUUGAGCGUGUGAGUGAGGACACAUUCAGGUGUUACGUAUACACAAUUAAGUUUUUCUCCUUUGAGGUUUGUCCUGUUUUGCUAGUCAAGGUUGAAGAGCAACCUCAUGGCUGCUGUAUAAAGCUCUUGUCCUGCAAGCUUGAAGGCUCGCCCAUGGUCGCAGCUCAAAACGAUAAGUUUGAUGCUAUAAUGGUGAACCGGAUAUCAUGUGAGAGCGACUCAAAUGAAUCAUUGGUGCAGCAACUCAAAUCAGACACUAUAAUUGAGGUGAGCAUUGAAAUUCCUUUUGCUUUCAAAGCAAUACCAAAGCAAGCAAUUGAGUCAGCUGGGACUCAAGUCCUUGAACAAAUACUCAAGAUCAUGCUUCCCCGGUUUAUGUCACAGCUUGUGAAAGAUUAUCAAGCCUGGGCCUCUGGAAAUACCUCAAGGCAACCUCUUGGGUCAGGUGAAAUCUGAGAUUUUGGGUAGUUGCCAGUUGCCACGGGUACUGGCUUUAAUUUGUAGUGUUGAUAUGUUAUUAGUCUAUAUAGAAAUGCAGUUUGUAGUGUGUGCAUGGAUGAAUUAUUGGUUUGUUAUUUAAGUAUAUAUCUUUUUUUUCUUUCUGAUUCUUUUUGCACAAAUGGACCAUAAGGGUAAUUGUAAAUCAAGGAAAUCAUUGUUAGUUAUGAUAUUUACAUUUAUGGUCGCUUUGUGAUGUCAAUGUUAAAAUUAUAAGGAAUGUGAAAGAUUCACACAACUUUGUACA